GGGACAAUACAUGCCAAAGGGAGGUGGCCGUUAUGAGAAACAACACGGAAAAGGGGACGGAUUGUGUUCAACAUCAUUGGUGUAGGUUAAAUAUGUAGUUAUGUACGGCUUAGCUGAGUUAAUAUUGCUCUAGGACCUUAACUCUUGCAAACUUGAGAAUUGGGAGGCAACGCUAUAGUUGCAUUAAGAUAAAUAUUUGCUUUUUAUAAGCAUUUACUACAAUGUAAGAGUAACGGGUCGCUCAUUAUUACACCACAGAUCUGUAGCUGCUCCCCACCAGAUUCACAGUUAAUAUAUGUAGGUAUGUCUUGGUUAACUGCUGGAAUCUGAACUCCUGUUCUGUUGGGUUUAAGGAAAUAAGCAUCCCUGAUGGUCCUCCCCCUUUUCCCUAAAAGCAUAUCUAUGCCUUAGAAGGCCUUGGGAAAAACCUUUUUUCAGCCCUGUAUACUACUUUGUCGUUAUUGUUUGUCCUGGCUAUCAUAAUGGUGCAUUACUGGGUUAUGCCGGACAAAAUAGUAACCUACUUUUUGUUCUGGAUUUAAUCCGUAUUAGAAAUGUUAUAUGCAGUGAAUACAUGGGGGUUGGAACAAGGACCAUGCUUGUAUUGGGAUGCCUUUCUUCGAGUAAUGUAAACUUCCUUUUAAUUGUCAUGCAUUUUUCUAGUAAAAGCUCUGCAAGUCUGCAAUAAAAAUGGCCUCCAAUAAAACUACAUUGCACAAAAUGGGAAAGAAACAGAAUGGCAAAGGUAAAAAAGUUGAAGAGGCAGAGCCUGAAGAAUUUGUUGUGGAGAAAGUCCUGGACAGACGUGUUGUAAAUGGAAAGGUGGAAUACUACCUGAAGUGGAAAGGAUUUACAGAUGCUGACAACACAUGGGAACCUGAAGAAAACUUAGACUGUCCAGAGCUAAUUGAAGCUUUUCUGAACUCUCAGAAAGCUGGUAAAGAAAAAACAGAUGGCGCCAAAAGAAAAUCUUUGUCAGAUAGCGAAUCUGACGAUAGCAAAUCAAAGAAAAAGCGUGAUUCUGUCGAUAAACCAAGAGGGUUUGCAAGAGGUCUUGAUCCUGAGCGGAUAAUUGGGGCUACGGAUAGCAGUGGAGAGCUUAUGUUCCUCAUGAAAUGGAAAGACUCUGAUGAGGCAGAUCUGGUGCUGGCCAAAGAAGCUAACGUGAAGUGUCCUCAGAUCGUAAUUGCUUUUUAUGAAGAGCGACUAACUUGGCAUUCAUGCCCAGAAGAUGAAGCACAAUAAUUGUUUGCAUUGCUUUUUUAUAUAUAUGAAUAUUAAAACCUGAAAUUUGAUUUAUUAGCAAUGUGAGAAGCAUACAUUCUAACAAAGAAUCAAAUUUGAUAUUUUUUUGAAGUAGUAUGUUUUUGCAUCAACAGCAAGUAAAUGAAAGCUUUCUGCAACUUGUUUCAUUUAUCACAAGAGAGCAUUUGAUACUACUUCCUCCAUAUUAGGUAAAAGCUUUUAUAAAACAUUCAUAAACUUCUAUAGUUAUUACGGAAUCAUACUGAAUGUCUAAACAAACUCACAGAUGUUUUGUAGUCUUCUAUACUAUUGAUGUGCAUGUAUCUUCUUUACCCAAACCUAGCCCUUUAAACCUGUAGAAUCAUUCUUUUUAGUAUUUGGGAUCACUUGGUCACAAGAAGACCGGGUGAAAACUAACUUUGUAGUAAUUUGAAUGUUAUCAGACUGUAUAUUGUUUACUUUAUUGUAAAUACUGGUGAACAGUGGUCAAUAAAAUAGUUUUAUAUUCUUCCUUUAUACUGAUAGGCUGUGACUCUUUUGAAGCGGUAUGAUAUUUCUGAACUUUUGAUAUGUUAAGCUCUCAAUUCGUAAUAUAUUUAACUGUAAGUUGUUUUCUGGGGGUAGAUUGAUUAGUUAAUAUUACCCCAUUGCUACUCCGUAAUCACCAGACAAAUACUAGGCUCUAAUUCUUUGUAUUUUUUCCCUGCAAACGAUGCCUGAGGCAUGUUUUUCUUCAGUCAGGAGGGGCCAGCGACAUGAGUGUGCUUUGGGUACUUAAACAUUUAAGUCACAGAUGGUGACCAUACUGCCUAGAUACAGCUGCUGGUCACCAGGCAAAGUGGCCUCUCUGGGUAUACUGGGAAAUAUUUGACAUGUGUUGACAGUAUCAGCCUUUGCUUUAAUUUCAGGUCUUAAUACAAGGCUAUAGUGUUACUACUAGCGGUUUGGAUGGAAUUACUCUUCAGGCAGUGGCCUGAAGAAUACUUAACAUAGCUCUGCCUUUGAAGCGGAAUAUUUUAAUGAAGAUGCUUCAGUCAUAUACUUCAGGAAAAAAAAAUAAAAAGACUUUGUUUCUAUUUCAGAUUGAAUUUUAAAAUUAGUCUUAUAAUCAGCUGCCUGGAGAAUGCCUUCAGAAGGGCAGAAGUAAAGGGUGGGGAGCUCAGGAGGAAAGUUGCCUUUUCCCAUUCUUCAGUUGCCAUUCCUCUUUUCACUAGCUUUCAUCUACGCACCUUCUGACUACCAUGGUGUAGUUUGCCUUGAGCUCUGCCUCUGUAUGUCAAUGGCCAAGCUUCUUUCAGAAUUCCCCUUAAUUGAGAACUUUGACAGAAAAAAAUUAAUCCUGUAAUAUGGUACUGGGAGAGUCCUAGGUGAGACAGUUAAGGUUGCCCAGCUGUGGUUUUUUUGAAGGUUAAAAAAAGAUGGUUAUUCCUGGAAAUUCGUAUGGAGCGCUGAGGAGCGCAGGAAGGAAUUCAGGCAGGGAUGAUGUUCUUUAGAUACUGCUUCACAAAUCAUUACUGUAACUAUUUGUCCUUACAUAUUUUCAAAAGCCAUUUACAUUGUGACUCAGAACUUGUCAUUGUAAAACAGUUAUUGUUAAAACACUGAGGGGGCUAAACUGAUGCUAAAUAACCUUUUUUAUGGGUAACUGCUUUGUCUUGUCAAGAUUCAGGGCGGAAUUCAGUCACCAUCUCUUUGUGGCUGUAGGAAAAAUCUGAUAUCCCUGUUAGUGUGGGGAUUUCCUUGCACCAGGUAAUGAUAAUUUCAGAGCUUAGCCAGCUUUUCUCGCCUGUUCUCAGACAAAUUACCCUGAAUUUGUCAUCUGUGCAAGCCUUCUGCAGAGUUCAUGGCUUAUUUCUUUGGGGCCUAUAACAGGAAUAUUUAUAUACCUAUAGGGUUCUGAAAUCCUUGCUUUUUGGUUUUUUUUUUUUAACCUGGUAGCUUGAGAAAUACACGUGCUAAACAAGAAUUCUAAAGCAGCAUGUGUUAUCCUGCCUGUGUCUUCACUACGGAGUGCUUUGCUUUCUAAAGAGUCUUAAAACUUCUGUUCUACAGUUUGCAUUUUGUUGUCUGAAACUUUGCGGUUUCUAUACUUUGUUUCAAGUGUGGAUAUCCAGUUUAUAUGAAGUUGCUGAUUUGAAGCAAUACAGGUUAAACAGUUGAUUUAAAUUAUCAGUAUUGUAAGUGGUAGAUAUAGAGAUUUUUGUUGAAAGGUUGAUUCUCCUUAAUUUGUAAGCCUUGAAAUAUAGAUUUGCAACUAGGUGCAGCUUUUAUAUUGUAUUUGGUUCUUCCUUCUGACUGUCCAUAAGUGCACUGUAUUCACAUUUAAAUAACUUUACAGCUUGUUAGACAAUUAUUUAGAUUUCUAAUUUUUUUCAUUAUGACGAUAGAAAUGCUGACUGGUAUUUGUUUCCCCUUUUUUUUUUUUUUUGCCUCCUCACUUUGUGUCAAACUGCAUUUUGAUAGUUAUGAAAUGCAACACUUUAAAGUUACAAGUUAUGUAAAAUUAUACUGAAUGUGCUGCAUACAUAUGCAAAAAGUUAACAAAUGUUAUUAAUUUAAAAUUAACUGAUUAAAUAAAUGAGAUAUCUUCUGUA